UUUCUGGUCUUUUGUUUUUGUUCAGUCUGUCGUCGUGGUCACUGUUGCGUUUUGAAUUACGAUUUUAAGUCAAUUUUCUAUUCAAAAUUUAUUUUUAUCGACAUUAUAAGUGAGGAAAUCAUAGCUGCGGUGUCGCCGUUUUACCAGGCAACUGAAUUAGUCUUUCGUGUGAACGCCCUGAAGGUAGAGGAAAUUGUACCAAGAGCUGAAAUCUUGACGCGGUGCACUAAACUCUAGAACAGAAUCAUUUCAAUUUAACAUUGACGGAGGAGCUGCAACGCUCAAUGGAAAAACAAUUUUGAGUUGAUGUGCGACAUUGAAUGAAAUGGAACAACAGCUACGGAACGAGUUCGAGAAAGUUGAGAAUACAGGAGCAGUUGAGGCCUCAUCAUCACAUACACGACAUCAAUGUGAUGAAGGAAGCGACGAAGAAAUUAACGUAAUUUCAUCGGAUGACGAAGAGAAACACGAGCUACCACAUCAUUCAAGACCGACAUCUGAACAGGCGGCACCGUUGGAAAACUCGCCAUCUCCACCAGAGGAACCGCAGAAUCCAUCUGAACAGGCGAAGCAGUUGGACAACUUGCCAUCUCCACCAGAGGAGCCGCAAAAUCCUUCUGAACAGGCGACGCAGUCUCCGUCUCCACCAGAAGAGCAACAGAAUCCAGAAGCGAGUGCAUUUGUUCUGCCUUUACAGGAAUCAGUGCCACUACCAGAUCUUUGGCGCCCUUGGCAGACUCAAUCUCCACAAAUUCAUCGCCCUUCUGUAAAAUCUCAGUGGUGUAACCGCAGCAACGCGAUGGUGAUGCCAGUGCCUAUUUUCAGAUCCGAGGAUCGGCAACUCAAUCAGCAAAGUGAUUUCGAGGUGCUGAAUGCUGCCAACAUUGCUCUCGACAAUCAACAAAUGGAACAAGAGUUGGCCCUACCAAGUACAUCACGUGCCCUGGACAAUUCCGAGCGAUCAGAAAUUGCAUUGGAGUCGCAGGAGGUCAAGGAAAACACCGAAACCUCUACCGAAAGCAUUCCAAACCGAUUCAGUUUUACUAGUAGUAGCGACGAAUGGCCAAUGUAUCCCUGUUCAGAGUGUGACAAACAAUUUGGUUUUCAAUGCGAUCUGGAAAUUCAUUUGCGGACGCACACUGGCGAAAAGCCAUUCCAGUGUAGCCACUGUAGUCAUCGUAGCAGUACAAAAAGCAAUUUGAAACUUCAUGAAAGGACUCAUUCUGAUGAGAGGCCAUUCAUAUGUUCGACUUGUAAUCGUACUUUCAAAUUUAAAAGCUUUCUAACCAAUCACCAAUGGACACAUAGUGUUGAAACGCCGUUCACGUGUGACGUCUGCAAUAAAGGCUUUCGGAAUAAGAAUUCGUUCAGGGAUCACAAGAAUAUUCACACCGGUGAAAGGCCGUACGUGUGCAACGAAUGCAAUAAAACUUUUUACGGAAGUUCCUCGUUAGCGAAACAUCGUAAACUGCACAAAGAGGAGGAGAAUAGGCGAAGUACCAUUUAGAGUAAGAUAUUGGAACGAUGGCGACGGUUUUGCUUUGUAAUUGACAAAAAAACAAUUUUCGUUUUUAUUCUGUGGAAACGAAAUCAUUUGUGUUGCUGAUGGAUUAGUUUUGUGUAAUUAAAAUUCUGAAUAAAUGUCUCCUUAGGAGACUCUCCUGUUCGA